AUGUCGAAUAUCUAUGAAGUUAUUGAUGGCUUUGGUAUCGAAGAAACGCAAAAGAAUAAACUAAUAGUUUGUUUAAUGAAAAAUCGUGAAGUAAGAGAAGAAUUAUUUUUAGCCCUCCAAAGUCUCCAGACAAAAGAAUCUAAGAUGAGUCUUUUGAAAGAUUUUAUAUCCGAUGAACAUCAAGGGCAACGGCCACUCUCACCCUCUGCUGAAUCAAUUCGUUACAAGAGGACAAAAAUAUUAGCGGAGGAUUGGGAAAAAGACACCAGAAAAAUUACAUUAUUUGCGAGAACCGCUAUUGAUUUAGACUUGAACAAGGAA